GUCACACUUGGCCAAUGAGCUGUACGCGGACUGAACGCGCGUCCGUCCGGCUUCGAAGCGACGUUGCCAGCUUUCCAGAAAAAAAUACCAGAUUCGACCUUCUUAGGACCCCCGGUUUUUUUUUGUUUGGCCGCGUUAUCAUUCGGGAACGCGGUACGUUAUCCAUGUGAUGGUGCUGCCCAGGUGGAUUGGGUGUUGUGUAGUGAUUUAGUGUAUUAUGGUGUGGUCGGCGCCAUCGGGGGAGGUCUUGAUAGACAUCAUUUCAAGGCCCGGGCAGUCGGAGCACGGGCACGGUGCGCUGGCGUACGGCGGCAAGCAGGUCGGCGUGGCGCAGGCGCGGCCGGCGGCCCCCUACGCGCCCAACUACCCGCCCACGCCGCUGCGACUGCAUCAGACCGGCUAUGGCUCCGCACCUUUAUACAGCUAUGGGCGCAGCGGCAACACGGUGGGCGAGUACCGGUCGGGCGCGCGGAUGUCGCUGCUCGGCUCCGCGUACCUGCCGCCGCCGCCCGGCCCGCCGGCCCACCACCCGCCGCCCGCGGACCCGCCGCCCUUCAAGAAGAUCCGGCUGUCUGCUGAGCGGCCGCACCAGUCGCACCAGCAGCACCAGCCGCUCAGGGUCGAUACUAGAGAGCCCGUUAUGAACUCGUAUAACACGGUGGAGGUGCUCUCACCGAACCCGCCCUCAGAGCCGACCAUCGAAGACCAGAACUUUCGCACCACCAAAGAUGAUCUGUUACAGCAAAUAUCUAAGGUGGAUAGAGAGAUGGCGUUGUCGGAGGCCACGUUAGCGAAACUAAAGAAGAAGCAAGAGGAACUAGAACAGACGGCCUCCAAGCCGGCCGCGGCAGCGGAGCCCGAGGAGGCUCCGCCCCGACACAGGAGUCUGCCGCAGUGUAUAUAUGCUGAUAAUAGGAAACGGGCGGCAGCAGGCCACGCUGCGCUCGCGCACCUCGGCCCGGAAGUGACGUACCCGCUGUACAACCAACCACAAGACACGCUCAUAUACCACGAGAACAUCCGCAAACACAAGAGCUUCCGGAAACGGUUAGCAGACCAUUUGCGGGCUGUGAGGCUGGAGGCGGAAAAGAAAGAAGACGCAUUAGCGGAAGCAUACAGUCGGCGAGCAGCCGAAUGGAUGCGUCGUGUAGAAAGACUGGAACAAGGACAGAAGAGGAAAGCCAAGGAUGCAAGAAAUAGGGAGUUCUUUGAGAAGGUAUUCCCUGAACUCCGGAAACAGCGAGAAGAGAGGGAACGUUUCAACCGGCUCGGAGCCCGCGUCAAAUCGGAAGCCGAGCUGGAGGAGAUAGCUGACGGUCUACAUGAGCAGGAGCAUGAAGACAAGAAGAUGAGGUCUCUUACUGUGGUGCCACCGUUGCUCAGGGACCCCAAGGAGCCGAGACCCCUACACCUGGAUGUUAACACAUUAUCCGCAGAGCGCUGUAUAGACAUGGAGACGGAGCACAAGGAGCUGCAACUACGCAACACGUGGUCCCCGGGCGAGCGGGAACUGUUCCGGGAGAAGUAUCUGCAGCAUCCCAAGAACUUCGGCCAGAUCGCCUCCUUCCUGCCGCGCAAGAGCGUGCGGGAUUGCGUCAGGUUCUACUACCUAUCGAAAAAGGCGGAGAACUACAAGCAGUUGCUGCGGAAGCCCCGACCGCGGCGACACGCGCGGCCCCGACCGCCGCCGGAGCCCGAGAUGGCGCCCGGGGGCUCCACUGGCGUUACUACGCGGUUACAGCGGUCGCAGGGAUCUCGCGCAGUGGACAAAGAAUCGUCAGAAGAAGUUGGUGUGGGUGGUGUUGGGGGUGUGGGAGUGGGGGGAGUGGGGGAUAUCAAUGGUAUCCCCAUGCCACCACACGCACCGCCUUCUGCGCAUCCCUCCAGGUCGGAACUAAGCCGCACACCGCCACUACCACCGUCCCCACCACCAGCGUCGUCCGCCCCACCAGCGCCAGUAGCGGGCGCGCCGGGCGGCGGGCUGACCCCCGCACUCACCGCGCCCGCGCUGGCCGAGCCCGCAGCUCUGCCACCCGCUCAGCCCGCGCAGCUCGCGCCCGCACAGCCCGGCAGCGGCGCGCCCGAUAUUACGAGAGACCCGCCCGUAUCAUCGAGCGCGAGUAUAACAAUAACAAGCACAGCGUGUCCCACGGUCACGAGCGCAACGAGCGCGAUCACGACCGCCGCGAGUCCCACGCCCACGAGCGCGAGUACGACCGCCCCGAGUACUGGAGCGAGUACUGGCGCGAGUGCGGGUACUGGUGCGAGUACUGGCGUGUGUCUCAGUGCUAUAAGCUUACCGCCUGGAAGUCCAGCUGCCGCGCCAGCUCCUCGCACGCCGCCUCCGGACACUGCAAGGGAUCUCGUGGAAGCGACUAGUGCUACUUCUGUUAUUACUACGGCAGCGAGCGGCUGCAGCAGCCCGGCGGGGGGGCGGGCCAGCGCGCCGCACACGCCGCAGCCCGCGCACCCGCCCACGCCCACGCACCCGCCGCCCACGCCCGAGACCGCAGUGACAGAACGCACGAGUACCCCAUCAUCAACAACAACAGCAACAAGCAUCAGCACGGUGCCCGCGGGCGAGUGUGCAAUAUGCUGCACGGCGAACGCGACGCGAAGCGUGACCGCGACCAAUGCGAAGCAGUACGGACUGGACGCGAACACUGUGGGCGAGAAGGUGUGCGAGGGCUGCCACUGCCAGUUCGUCCGCGCGCGGCGCGUGCGGUGCGGCGUGCGGUCGUGUGCGGGCCCGCGCGCCAAGCGCCUGCGCCAUCUGCCGCCGCGCUGGCACGACCUGCCCGUGGAGGACAAGCGGCCCAUUAUGGAUGAGUUUCAAAUACCAAGCACGCUAAGCAAGUGCUGCCUGACCUGCUUCAAGCGGAUAACGCGUCGUCUAGAAGCACUAGGCGGUGCGGUCUCUGAGCCUAGCGAGGAAGAAACCGCCCGCUUCAGGGCGUUAUUACGGGAACACGGGCCCGCUUGGGACCGCAUGGCAGCCGCUAGCGGCCGCUCAGCAGCCAGCCUCAAAGCGUUCUACUUCACGUACCGGCGCCGGUUGCAACUGGACGGGGCCCCCGGGAGCAGCUCCCCGGGGUCCGACACCGCGUCCGCGGGGUCCCCCCGGGCCCCGGGGCCCCGGACAGACGCAGCGGCCCCCAGACGCCGCGCGAGGAGGGAUGAGUACGACUCGUCUGCUACGGAGACGGCGGAUGAGGAGAACGAUGCGCCUAGUGCUAAGACCGCAACAAGCGGCGUAGCGACAUCCCUGAACCAAUCGUGUGCAGUAACAUCCGCAACAAUCAGCACGCCCACGAGCAUGGGCGCGAGCGUGGGCGCCAGCGUGAGCACGAGCGUGGGCGUGGGCGCCAGCGUGAGCGGGAGCGGGCCCUGCGUGAGCGCGGGCACACCGCUCACGGUCAGGGAUGUGGUGUUGAACAUGAUUGAAGUUAGUCUCAUGAAGAAUCCGAGACCCCCUCCGCAGCCCCUGCCACCUAAGCCGAACCACGAGCUGGCGACGCUGACGGUGGUGAGCGGCGCCCACCACAGCGGCAGUUCGCCCGCACGGCCCCCCACUUCCACUGCGGAUGCACCGGAUUUGGUGCUGUUGCAGGUGGACCGUCCCCCCACAGCAGGAGCCCCAGGGUCAGCAGGGGCGGAUUCCCUUCUCGACCUCACUGUCAAAAGGCCGCGCCUUGACAGACAUCCUCCACCCUCUCCAUACCGCAACGCGGAGUACCAAACCCCGUACCGGCAACCCGAACGCGAGUCCCCCAACCAAUACGCAACAAAGCCCAAACCCGUUGCCUCCCCGCGGCCCACCAUCAAGCUCCCCAACCCCAAGGGGUCCAUAACCCUCGGGACCCCAGUGGAGAGCCGUUUCGAGGCCCAGCGGACCCCUCCUGACCCCAAGACGGGGUCCAUAACAGCGGGCACCCCUGUACACAACCCCCACCACUUGCAGGAUAAGAGAUACUUCGAUAGCAGGAGGCGGAGUCCCGGGGGAGCGUACUAUGGCACGAAUCAACCAAGGCCGCAGUCACCAUCGUUUUCUACGGCACCAAACGCAGCAGUAGCCCGGGGUCCCUACGGGUUGGAACGACGACAGAUCAUGCUGACAGACUUCAUCACCUCCCAGCAGAUGCACAGUGGGGCCAGAAGGGAGAGAGAACCCCACCCCCACCCCCAGCCCCACCCUCACCACCACCCCCACCACCUCCAGCAGCAGCAGCAUCAGCACCAACAGCAUCAAAUACACCAGAUAAGGAGGGAUAGAGAUACAGUGUCAGUGAUACAAAGGCACUCCCAUGCGUACUCCCAUCCACAUCCUCCGCCUGGUCACGAAGCCUUCACCCAGCUAGUAAACGCGGCGUCCGCGGCCGCAGCCCUACCUGUCCCUCGGGCAAGGGAACCGGAGCCCGAGAUGCACCACCCACACCACCAGCAGCACCAACACCACCAGCAGCAACAACAUCACCAGCAGCACCAACAACAUCAUCAGCAGCACCCGCAGCAUCCGCAACAUCAUGAGAUUAGGGGCAGUCGAGAAUUCCCCAUGGGGCAGAAGUACGCAUCGGGCUAUUCAGCCGACAUGGAGCGGCGACCUUACGAAAGGGACCGGCCUGCACCUAAUAAUAGAGAUAGCAGAAACGACAGACUGGUAGCGCUGGGUUCGCGGAGGUACGUGGUUGACGUCGACCAUCACCAUCCUCACACGCAGCAGGUAGUAACGAGUCAAGAAGACAAGCGGUUUAGCGGUAACGCCGCGUACAGUGUGGCGAAACCGCGGCCGCCCAUUGAGAGGAAAGAUGGUCGGCCACCCUCAACCUGCGCGUCUACCGUGAGCAGUUCUAGCGCGAGCGUGUCAGCAAGCGGUGCGGGCGUGGGCGCGAGCGUGAGCGCGGGCGUGGGCGCCGGCGUGGGCGUGGGCACCAGCGUGGGCGUGGGCGGCGAGCGGCGGGCCACGGACGGCACGCUCACGGCCGCGUCGCUCAUCAACGCGAUCAUCACGCACCAGAUCAGCCAGACGUCGGACCAGCGGUUUCCGAAGAUCAUCCGCGAGGGUGAACAGAACCCACAACCUGACCGCGGUCAGCCCGGGCCCGGCUGUGAGCGUGAGCGUGACCGUGACCGUGAACGUGAGCGUGAGCGUGAGCGUGAGCGCGUGAGGGAGGAGCCCAUCACUAGCGCGGCGCACACCACUAGCAUAAAGCUCGGGGAUCUAGCGUCGAAUAUCAUUGUUCGGGACUUUAGCAGUCCGAACACGACUACGUUAAUGCAUCCCAACAAUAGGAUACUACCCCCCACGGACAGCUACCCCCCUAACAGCGUGAGCAGUGUCUCUACAAGCGGUGCGAGUGGGGCAACGUCAGGGGCAAGUGGGGCAGGAGGCAGUGGGGCAAGUGGGGCACAGGGGCAGGAGGAGUGGAGGCGGGAGAAACACUCGUACUUCGAGCCCGUGUCGCCCACGGAUACUCAGCCCGCUAGCCGAAGCACCGACACCCGACACUACACAAGUGCGAGUAGCGCUACAAGCGGAACUAGUAGUGUCGGAGUCAGCGGAGUCAGCGGGGUCAGUGGGGUCAGCGGUGUUAGUGGGGUCGGCGGAGUCAGCGGGGUCAGCGGGGUUCGCUGUGGCGUGCUGACCGCGUACGACUACGUGACAGCGCGGAUCGUGGACGUGAUGCGGAACGACGCUGACAAGCUGCCGUUCAGCGCUGACAAGCUGCCGUUCAACACGCCCUACACCUACCCGUACUCCGCGCUCAAUGUGGCCACGCCGAGCGAUCCAAGUUCAGGCGCACCACCGACCGGCGUGGUAGCAGCGCCCCCACUCACACGUGGUACUGCGGCAGAACCAGCACCACUCAUGUCGGCACAGUACGAACCGCUAUCCGACGAGGACUGACCCCCCGCCCCCGGACGUGACCCCCGGGACACUAGAAACCCCUGGGAUAAUAGGAACCCCCGGGAUAAUAGGAACCCCCGGGAUAACAGGAACCCGCGGGACACAAGGGACACUUGCAACCAGGAUAGUCGAAACUCUGGGAAUACAAGAGCCCCUCAAGAGCCCCAGGACCCCCGGAACCCCCGGGACACAAGAGUCUCUCAAGUGCCCCGGGACACUCGCAACACAAGGGACACUCGGGACCCCCCGGAGUCCAGGGACUCCCGGGAACCCGACAACCCGCUCUAGCGACCCACCGUCAUACGCACCGCCGUUCACAGACACUGAACACACAUACAUACAUACAAAAAAUGUUUUAAUGAAAAUCAGGCAAAAUGUCAAAGAUUACAGCACGCUAUUCUUUGAUAUUGUAUCAUUGUUAUGAACAUUAUUUUACUUGAUUUUACUUGAAACAGUCGUGAAAAGUAAUAAGAUGGAAAUAAAGAAUUGUUUUUCUCGUGGUAUUGAAAAAUAUGAAAAUUUUAAUAGUUUGAAAUAAUUAAAUGAUGCUGUGUCUAGUUUGUGUGUUUUGACUGUAUGCUAGACUUUACCGCUAUAUAAUAACAAAGUUUAAUUUAAAUUAUUUAUAUUGUAUAUAAUUUAUUUGAAUUUAUCAGUUUUAAUUUUAUAAUUAUAAAUAAAAAUCAUAAUUGUUAAUCUUU